GGAGACAAUGUGGAGGAUAAAUUUCGAUUGGAAAGAUUUUUAAAAAUAGUACCCGGAGGAGGAAGAAAGCCAGUUUAUAGCUCGAAAUUAACUCAUCUUAAAAUAUCACACUACCGACUUUCUAAUAAAAAAAUCAAAGGCAUUGUGCGCAUGUUCCCAAAUAUAAUUCAUUUAGAUUUCGAAGGAAGUACGGACUGUAUUGGUAAAACUCUAAAGCUAAUAGCGAAAUCAUACCCAAAUUUGGAGUAUCUCGAUAUAUCUACUUUACAUGGAAGAUUUAAAAUAGAAAAUGAUAUAGGUUUAUCUGCAAUUGCAAACUCAUGCCAUAAUUUAGAAUAUCUAAAUAUUUCCAAUCGCACAGAGUUUUCCGAACAAUCCAUUUGUAAUGUUAUUCGUUCUAGCCCAAGGCUCCAACAACUUGAUCUUAGCUAUUGUGAAAUUACUGAUAUAACUAUCGAAGAAAUUGCUAGAUCAUGUUCCAAUUUAAAAUAUCUUAAUCUGAGAGGGUGUUAUAUAGUGGGAUAUCCCACUUAUAUAAUUAGCAAAGAAGCCAUAGAUCAGCUCGUUUCACUUAAUCCGAAUAUCCAUGUCGAUAAUUUUGUGGAAACUCUAACGCCUCCUGAUCUCAUUGGAGUGGUUAUAAAUCAUCUUACACAGAACAACGUUGCUAGUAGACAAACUCUAGCUCAGGGCCUUCAGAAUCUUUUUGAUCUAA